AUGCAAAAUGUGCAUUAAUAGAUAUACAUAUCUUGUUCGGUUCGACAAGUACAGUUAAUAUUUUUCUAAGGAAACCAACAAAUUGCAGGUGGCUGGCAUCAUGAGUAAAACACAAUUACCUGGCGGUGGACCUGUGUUAUGCAGGCAAAGGUUUAAGGGUGUCGAGAACUUUUUACGAAGAAUUGCAUUUAACUUAGGCAAUACACCAUCACAAACUGAGGUUAAAAUUAUUUCCUGUAUACCAAUAGACGUCACAGACUUGCAACAAAAAAUACUAAAUUUAGAGAAACAACUGGAUGGCAUGCACAGUCCGCAAGCAUCAGAAUCGGUUGCAUGUAAAGCCAGCAAAUCUCUGAAAUGUAACAAACUGAGCUCGAGUAAGAGGACCACUGUAAACACAGCGAUUGUAGAUUCUAAGUUUCCUGAAGUAUCAACUGCAGCGGUAUCCUGCAAAUCGCUAGAUUGCGACCAGAGUACAAGCCCAACAGGUUUGCACAACAGAGGAAAGUCAAACGUUUCUUUCGUUUUUCCGAAUGAAGACCCUAAUGCAUGCUCCCAGGCAUUUUUCUUUGGCAACUCUGAAUUAUCUCAAGGUGUUGAAGAGGCAAUAAAUGCGAACUUCGAAAGUUACGAAUCUGCUCCCAAGAUGGUUGAAGAAAAACAAAGCUGUCACCGAAGAUUCUUCUUUAAAAAGAAAAAAAAGACGAACAAAUCUAAAAAGGGAGCUUCGCCAUUUGUGUACUACGCACAAACGAACAACAGUUGCCCGUUCACUAAGUCAGACCAAACGGAAGAUCCGCUAAAGUGCGAAAGCGACGUUAUGACUCGUUCAUACUUGGCUCAGAUGAUCAACAAGCAAUAUAAGCCUAAAAUUAUAGGAAAUAAGUUAUCUACCUUAAGUGAGCUGUCGUCACCUGUCUGCAGAGAUGUCCAGCCGCAUUUCGACGGCGCAUGUCGAUGUGAGUCUGACAUAUGCUCAUGUUGUUAUGGCCCUUUCCACAAUAUUGACAAUCACAUGAAUAGACUGAUUAAUCCUCAGACUUACAUGCUUAAUGAGAUCCACCUCGGUAAUACGUAUUAUGAUACCAAUCAAUACGACAUUAUACCGGUGAAAGAAAAGCCAGUAAAUUUGAAUGCAGAGACGGCACGGAGAAAAGAGCAGAAACCAUUUUUCGAUACAAAACGCUGGCCGGAAAGUAGUCGCUUUAAGAACCACCAUCCCCCAUUGUAUCCUAUUCCAGUUAGCAAUUAUUAUAUGCCACCUUACCCAGCCGAUUAUGGUGUGAAAGAUAAAUUCGAUACUCAUGGGAAAAAAAUACCCUCAAAUAUCAGUCGUUUAGAACCAAUAUUGAGAAAAGUAAUAAAACGUAGGAAGGAAAUUUACAAAAAAGAGCGGCCGCCCACUAUUGAGACGACAAAAAGUUGCUCUAUAGAUUUUGGAAAUAUUUAUUCCAGAAAAACUUCUAAGAAACCCAAGAAACAAGAAGUUCGUCAAACCCUUUUACCAAGUAAAAAGAACGCCGAAUGUUUAACUACCAACAUAAUAACUAAUAGUUUUAACGACACUGAAUGCCAGACGGCCAUCAACAUUACUGAAACUAAUUCAAUUGAUGCUAAAACUGAACAAACAUUAAAUCAGAUCAAAGUUAUACUUCAAUCAGUACUGGCAGAAGUUAAAGUGACCCAGACGAAAAAUCAAGUGAUUAGAGAUAAACAAAAGAAAGACGCAGUCGUCCAAAAAGGCCACUCGCAUAACAUGAUAGGAUCUAGUUUGAUGAAUAGUGUCACUUAUAGUCCAUACAACACUAUGAACCCGUCUGCCUAUAUGACGACAUGCUCGCGACAUUUCAACCCCAGCCAACUGGCGGGAGUCCUCCCGAACCAGUUCUAUUACCCGCACGAGGGAAUGAAAUGUUUCCACAACUUCCCACUCUUUAUUCAAACACCAGGAGCGAGGCCUAUGUGUGCCAGCUGCUACCGUAAUAGCUCUCACGUUAAAUCUGGUUAUAUGAAGCACGCAGCAACGAUUGCCACAAAUACCGAAGAGGUUAAAGAGGAGCAUACCAAGGAAACAGAAAAACUAAUAAAAGAAAUAUAUAAAUCCAUGGCCUUAACUAUGGACUUCCCGAAUAAAGAUUCCUCACUCAGCGAAUACGAUGAAAUAAUUAAACCAGCACACAGUCUUACUACACCAGUCAUAGUGAAAACAGAACCAAAAAAGCAAACUAAACGAAUAAAGAAUGCAGUGCAGGCGGUGUCUGAAUUAUUUAUGAAAAAAGAUAUGGUGGAGACAUCAGACACCCUCAAUAUAACGGUCGAAAGUAAAGUACUGUCUAAUGAAGUGACCACACAAUCUCAAGUGGUGACAACUUCUGAUACCGAGGAUAGGAUUCAAGAUGAUAGUUUUGACAGGAACAUACGCACUAACAGUACACUUUCUGGGAUUCCUAAUGAUACACAUAGAAAAGUUAUUCGAGAAACUUUGGUGCAGAACAGCGAUACUAUAAUCGAGACUCAGACAUCAAGCACAGACUAUGACAUGGAGUCGACGACUACUCUAAACGCUCUGGAACCUAAACAAAAAAAGGGAAAGCAAGGUUUAUUUAGCAAGAUGUUAAAAUCUGUAAAGCUCUUCAAGGUGAAAGAGAAGCCGAAGCAGAGUAGUGAAUUAAGUGAGAGCGAAGAAGAAUGUACCAGUGACUCUGACGACUACCAGACAGUAUAUAGUCAAAAAAUUGAGAAAAGUGUUAAAAACCGAAGUCGGCUGCAAUACCUACCAAAGCGUAAGACCCAUUCCAAGAUAUCUUACAAACAAGCAUUUUAUAAAGACAGAAGUCCCGAGAAGAGGAGGUCGCCCUACAUGGAACAGGAGUACCGGAGGUACUGGGACGAGAGGCUGAUGUUCCAGGACGCCAGAGUACUCCGUUCGUCAGAGCGGUUGUACUCCGACCUGUCGAACGUUCAUGCUCAUCACCAGACUUACGAGGCUAGAAGUGCUCUCAUGGAACCAAAGUCAGUUAGUCCCAAAACUGAACGGAGAACAAACAGAGCAGCGAUCAGUGACAAUAAAUUAAAGGGGACACCGAAGGCUACGGCGUGGCUGCGGACACGUAAGACGGGCAUUCAUUGCGGUUGCGGCGAGCAGUGGAAGAAGAUGGUACUUGAAAGUUAA